AGACAAUUUUUAAUUUGCAUAGACAGCAAUGUGGCUAUUAGUCACGCGUUAAUUGAGCGCCUAUUAUGAGAUGGCUGGGAAGCUGGAAGAAAGCGCAUCUUUGUAUCAUUAAUUGAGCAUCUGCUAUGUUCUAAGUGCUGCAGAGACAGCAGUGAAGCAAAGAAGCAACAUCCUGGGUUAAAAAAAAAAACAAAACCCAACCCUCAUGCGGCAUACAUAGUGGAUGGCCCAAUUGUUCACUGCUUGUUAAUUGAGGAAAGAUACAGACCCAUGGGAUACAAGGGUCUCACUGUGUAGCCCAGGCUGGCUUCAGACUUGCAGAGAUCCUCCUGCCUCAACCUCCUGAGUGCUGGGACUACAGGCAUGCACCACCACGCCUUGCAAAACUGCUUUCUUUAUAAUUGAAAGAACUUUGGCAAGAAGGCCAUACCCUGGGAAGGGUGCUUUAGUUUUCAUCCUUUUCUUCUGUAAGCUGUCACCAUGACCUUGACAAAAGGGUCCUUCACCUACUCCAGUGGGGAGGAAUAUCGUGGCGAGUGGAAGGAGGGCCGCAGACAUGGCUUUGGUCAACUGCUGUUUGCAGAUGGUGGCACCUACCUGGGUCACUUUGAGAAUGGGCUUUUUAAUGGCUUUGGAGUACUGACCUUCUCAGAUGGCUCAAGGUAUGAGGGGGAGUUUGCCCAGGGCAAAUUUAAUGGCGUGGGAGUCUUCAUUCGACAAGACAACAUGACCUUUGAGGGAGAAUUUAAAAAUGGCAGAGUAGAUGGUUUUGGCCUGCUCACUUUCCCUGAUGGUUCUCAUGGAAUACCCCGUAAUGAAGGUCUCUUUGAGAACAACAAGCUGCUGCGGCGUGAGAAGUGUUCUGCAGUGGUCCAGCAGGCCCAAAGUGCCUCCAAGUCAGCUAGAAAUCUCACUGCCUGAGGGGGCAUUGGGCUCAGCUGGACAAGUGUCAGGUAAACCCAGUGCUCCCAUUGUUCACUUGCAGUGAACAAAUGAACCAGAUCUGAGAUGAAAUGAGAAGAGAAUAACUAUGGAGCCGAGCCUGUGAUAUGCUCCUUCACCUGCUAACCAAGAAUUUGAUCACAGAAAAGUGCUGAGGAGUUUGACCCAAACAGCAGCAGUUGGAAACCGUUCUGUCUUUCCCUGACCCUCACGUAUAGAGAACAGAGGAGCCAAAUUUUCUUAUUUAUUGGUUUUCCCCCCUGUUUCUAAAACUUCAGCUUCUUAGCACAGACCUGCUGCAGCCCUCACUCCAUUUGCUGCCAGGUUUGUCUUCAUUUUGCCUGCAUUUGGGGCAGCUGAUCCUAGCCCCAUCUUAGAGCUAGUGCUCUCUGCUGUCCUGGAAAAAUAAGGAAGAAGAUGGAGUGGCUUAGACAGUACAGGAGCCCUGUGAAAGUCAAGGUCAGAGCUUUCUUUAUGUUACCCCCUUGUUCACUGCAGUGGGUUUCUGGCUCCAGGCUCCCACUUUGUCUGCUCAGACUGGUCUUCAUCUGUGCUUAUUUGCCCCAUGAAGGAUUGGAUAAUAGUGCUAUUUUCUUCCCCCUUCACUUUACAAGCUGUCUUCCUUACCUGAGUUAUGGCAGAUAAUCCAAUCUGCCCCUCUCCUAUUUGUGCCUCUCUCCUUUCUUGUACAUCAGAUAGAUCCCUCUAUGGGAUAAUCAGGAAAGAAAGUGAUAUAAGGAUAAUCUUACAACAUGUAUUCAUUACUCACCCUAGGACAAGGGGCAAACAUAGCCAAACCACUUCAGGCCCUCCCAUAGAGAUACCUGAAUCCCACAGAAGGCUUAUACCAAUAGUUUUUUUUCCCAGAGGGUCAGCACCCGUUGGUUGUAGGUAGACUUGGACCCAUCCUGGGGCCACAGUGAACUAAAAGAAUAUUGGCUCCUCACAACUGGCUGACUCUUCCUCCAGAAGCCAUGGCCCUCCGGCCUGGGUCAGAUCUUGGCAAGUAAGAUCCCUACGCAGUUCAUGAGGCCUCCAGUUACCCUGGAACCUGAAUACGCGCCCCCAGUUCUCAUCCUCACACCGAAUCUCCCUCAGCAGCAGACUAUGUGGAAAUUAUAGCCGUGUGCCUCUACUUAUUUGAAGUGUACUGUAGAAACAAGUGUUUAUAAGACUAAGAAUAAACAAAUAACCAAAACUGC